AUGUUUGACCAGGAAGAGUUUGAUCAAUCCCUUAUCGUGUUUGAAGAGUCGUCUCCGGAGGAUGUGUCUCACGCCAAGCACUUUUGGAGCUCUCACUCGCUCCUGCCUCCGCUGGAGUCCCGCCUGGUGUCCGCAGAUAUCCGUCAGAGACUGCCUGUGUCCCGGCCGCGGGACAGCAGCACCGCCGGUCCCAGACCCUUCACCCCGGAGCAGCUGCUGAGUGUCCCCGAUCUCCGGCAGAGGCAGGAGGAGAGGCGGCGGAUUGAGGCCAUGGCGGACCAGAGGAAGGAGAUCCUGGCACUGCUGAGGAGACAGAGGGAGCAGAGGAUUCAGAGGGAACUCGUGUCUCUGGACUUUAAACCCAAGGUCAAAGAGGGUCGAGAAAAACCGUCAAAUUUGCAGGAACAAUUAGACUCUGAGGUGGAGAAGGAGCUGGUGAAGCAGCUCCAAUAA